AUGGAUAAUCGCAUGCGUUUUCCGUAUCUUAACGUCGUGCAUAAGAGAUGCACCUUGUAUGCUGUGGGCUGUGCAUCAACAGUGGCAGUGAAAGGUCCUCAGCAUUGUUUCACUACAGUGAUUGCUCUGCUUUGCCCUUACUAUGUGAAGCGGUUAUCACCGAACUUUGUUUCUCUGACUGGUUGCUUCGCCAAAUUACGACUGUACUUCGAGGUUUCAUGCGCUACUCUGAUUUAUGAACAGCAUUUAACAUCUAAAAUCAAUCACAUGAUGUCAAAUUGA